CAUGUACCGGCUGAGACUCAUCGCCGGUCUUUCUCUGCCUUUUAUCCUGUCCACGCUGGAUCUGACUAUCGUUGCUACUGCGACGACUGUCAUUGCAUCGCACUUCGACCAAUUCGACGAGUUGAACUGGAUCAUAACGGCCUUCAGUCUGACGUCGACGACCUUCAUUCCAAUCUUUGGCCAGCUCGCCGAUGUCUUCGGCCGGCACUUUGUGUUGCAGCUGGCGCUCUUUCUCAUGCUCAUCGGGAGUGUUCUGUGUGCGGCUGCGCAGACGUGGGCUAUGUUGCUGCUGGGCCGGGCGUUGCAGGGCACGGGAUCCGCGGGGUUGGGAAACUUGAUCAUGAUCAUCCUGGCGGAUAAGGUGUCGUUGAAGGAGAACGCAAGGAAUAAGUCGUUGUUCACGCUUGUCGGGGGAGUCGGAUACGCUGUGGGACCUAUUGUUGGAGGCCAUAUCCUGAUCUACGUGUUGCUGCGGCACGAUCUGGUUGAAGGGUCUAUGUUCAAAAAGGGCUCGAGGUGGUCGUCCGUGCUUCCGGCUCUUGCGACGGUGGACGUUGGAGGAUCGGUUCUCUUUAUCUUUGGGGUGGGCCUCAUUAUCCUGGCAACUACCUGGGGAGGUGCAACCUACUCGUGGUCGGCCCCGCAGGUUCUGGCGCCAUUGAUCGUGGGUGCGGUUUGCUUCGUGGUAUUCUUCCUUUACGAGUAUCUGCUCGAGCCAGGCCGACUGUGCGCGAGAGUAUUUCCCAGACAUGUGGCGAUGCUGCCUUAUAGUCUGUUCGAACGCAGAGAUACGAUCUGGCUCGCGAUACUGAACUUUGCAACGGGGGCAGCUUCGUACUCGAUCUUCUACUUCGUCAGCAUCUACUACAUUCUUGUGGCCGGGUACUCGGCCUCAAAGUCUGGCCUCGAACUUCUCUACUACAUCCCGGGCCUAGGAGGGGGCGUCUACCUCGCCAUUUACAUGUGCAACAUCCUCCCCCGACAGACAUUCUACCCUCUCACCCUCGGCGCGAUCCUCAGCACCGUCGGUCUAGCAGUGAUCUCCUACGCCGUCAGCGCCCGCAACACCAGCCUCCUCAGCGGCAUGAUGGUUGUGACCGGGGCGGGCAUCGGUCUGCGCCUGGUGCCCUCCUCGCUACACACAGCCGGCAUCUGGCCCGAGAAGAUCGCGCCCGCCAUGUCCCUGAUGCAGGUGUCCCUUCCAUUCGGCGGCACCAUCGGCCUAACCAUUAUGACGAGCGUGUUCAACAACAAGUUCGGCAACUCGGCGGCCAUCCGGGGCUUGGGAGGCGGCAGUGGCAGCAGCACAACGCUAAACGUGCACGACAAGGACUCCCUCUCCUUACUCAACGGGCUACCAGCCGCCGCCCAGGAGGCCGUCCGAGCUGCCGGGAAGGACGCGAUCAUGUGGGCGUUCGUGGCGAUCCUCCCCAUCAUGGGGGUGAGCUUGCUGACAGGGUUACUGAUGGGGAACGUCUGGGUCAAGGUGCAGGGCGACGGAGACGGAGACGCCGGCGCAGAGGCGCGAAGCGAAGUGAUCUACGUUCCGUAUCUGUGGGCCUUAGCCAAGGUGAGCUCCUAG